UAGGAAAAUUUUGUACAGAAAAGGUUCAUUUCAAAAUUGUACGUUGUAUAAUUAUUGAAGAGGGGUAUCUAUCAUAGGAAAUAAGAUUCAAAAUGCGCUUCGAUCUGAAGGAAUUGCUAUUGGUGUCCAUGUCUAUGAGUCCAAAAGGUGUCAUACGUCGGCACAAGCGAUUCAAAUGCGGGAAAGUAAGUUACCUGGUUCACUACGAGCUGCAGAAGGGAAAGCUUAUCAUUCGCAAGGUGAAGCGAGUUCGAGGAACAUCCUCCUUUAAUAUAAGGUUACAAAAGCGUCGUCGUUUUCUGCAACGGAUGUGGUAUAGAGGAAGUGGUCUCAUCACCCGGGAGGAUGGGUUUACCCAGACCCAAAAGGUUCCCCAUAACUCCAUAGCAGUGGGUUCCGAGUUUCUCCAACUGGAGAGCAGUGCCAGUCAGACGCCCCACCAGGAGUGGACCAGCAGCCAGGUGGAUACCUCGGAUUUAAUCUGUAUUAUUUCCAGGGAACAGCAAACCCUGAAUCCCAUCCAGCAGUUCGCCAGUGCAGCAGUGGGCACAGAAAUUGAACUGGAUAGCACGGCCAGUCAAACGUUGAUCCAGGAGUGGAUCAGCAGCCAGGUGGAUACCUCCGAUCUGAUCCAGUUUAUUUCCCGGGAUCAGCAGACCUUCAAUCCCGGCCAGCAAUCGCUGGGGAGUCAAACAGAGAAGCAGACGAUGCAAAGUCGUUUUACCCAGUCGCAUUUUAGCUUCAAAAGCACUGCAUCUCAAACCAAACUUAACACCGCCUCUCUGAGCACCCAAACGGAGCUUCACUGUACCAAUGUCGCUGUCCUAACGGAAAUCGAUUCGCAGGAGGCGGAAACCCAGACCUACGACGACGAAGAGGAGCUAAUUAAGCCCCAUCUGGCGGCUCUAUAUCUUAUCCACGACUCCAUCAGGAACCAGAACGAUCUUAUCCACAACGAAGUUCUCAACUCGGUCAACCAACUGGUGGAUCUCAUCCUGCUGGAAGCGAAGAAGCGGCGAGUGGAGAAGGAUCUGCCCAGGGAGGCGUCCUUGGAACCAUUGACUCCAGUGCCCCCCAAUCAGAUCGGAGAUAAUGCAGCAAAGGAGAAAUUACCACCCGAAGCGGAGAAUAAGGAACUCCAUCUGAAUUCGGAUCUGCAGUUCAGGAUUAAAAGAAUCCGUAGUAAGGCGAUGAUGUUGGCCACCGGACCCUCGAGGAACUCGACGAUGAAGUGCAGGCGCUGUGGUCUGCAGAUGCACAUGCAUCGCAAGAGGAACCGGGUGACCAGCGAAAACAAAGCAACCCAAACCGAAGUAAAGGAGACGAAGGGCAGUCUGGAAAUGGCCACGCAAACGAAAAAGGAGCGAGCACGCUGGACCCUGAGACGCAGUUAGAGAGGAACCCAAGGUCCUAAUCCUGCAAACUUACCCCAGCAGCCAGGUCGCCGUUCUCAUCCAGCUUGGACUCCUCAUCCCGAUGAACUUUGUGUGUUUUUUGUGUGGCACUUAUAGCAUGUAAUAUGCUGAAUGGUAAUUU